AUGAAAGUUGAAACAAAGCAUGAUGCAGUAAUAAAAGGCACGUCUAUCGAGGUGGCCGCCGCCGCUGCUGGUUGUCUCCACGAUGCUUCUCCUCUGUCAUCGCUCCUCCGUCUCCCUCACUGUCUAAGCUUCGCAGCCUCUCCUUCUCUGGUCUUAGCUCUCAAAGUUCUGUUUAGCAGCCUCCGUAAGCGACAUCCUGUGGACUUCUCGAUGGUUUCAGUGGUUCUCUUGAGGACGGAGUUCCCGUCACCGCCGUUCACUUCACCGGAUCUGCUUGGUUGUGCGGCUUUCUCUCAUCUCCGGAUGUUUCGCUCUUCGAUUCAGCCGCUCCCUCCACCGGAGCCUCCGGAUCCACCAGAUCCGCCAGACUCUCGCUACAGUCCUACGUCUUUCUCAUCGUCCUGCGCCGCUUCUCACCGUCCUGCCGGUCGACACAUUCUCAGCCCGAUUAUUACCAAAUCUACCGGAUCUAGCUUCUCCGACCUCCUUCGCUCAGAUCUGUUGUGCUUCACAUCUGGUACAGCAAGGCUCACUGCUCUAAUCUUAUGGAACCAUCUCACCAACCCGUUCAUCCCUCUCCGACACAACAUCACCACCGGCAAACCCUUCCCACCACCACCUUCCAUCACUACUGUGUUUUCAUUAGCCAAAAUCGCCCAUCACUCUGAAGUCUUUCCCGGAGUCGAUUUUCAGUUUAACCUCAGAGCUCUGCUCAAUCUAUGGGCUCUACCCACCAUUUCCCGCUCAAGCUUCACUUUGUUCAUGCGUUUGGGUAGCGGUCGACACGUUUUCAUGCUAUUCAUUGUCACAUCUACCGGAUUAUUUGUCGGGUUAUCAUCGGAUUAUUCCGACUUGGGUUCAAGAGUACUCCUAACUUGCUGGUGUAUCUCUAAUCCUACAUCCGCCGUUCAAGAGUAUUGCCAAUUUACUGGAGUACCUUUGAACUUGCCUCUCUCCAUUAUGGAGAUCGACUCUAAACGCUCAACAGCCUUGACGACGACACCACGAGCUAUUCACCUUGUUCACUCGCUUUCAAUAGCAAACGAACUUGAGAUUGUUUUCGAAACGAUCUUUGAAGCCCUUACGAAGAAGCUUCCAGUUUUUAUCAUUGAUCUAAACUGUCUAACUUAUCCCUUUUAA